AUGCAGAGGGACCUGGGUGUCCUUGUGCAUGAGUUACAGAGGGAUGGUCUGCAGGUGCAACAGGUUGGUGCUUUAAAUGCAUGUUUCUUCGCAAAGCGAGGUUUUCAAGUGGAACUUUAUGAAGCACGCAAAGAUAUUCGAACUGCAAAAGAUGCAAGGGGAAGAAGCAUCAAUCUUGCAUUAUCUUACAGAGGAAGGCAGGCUCUAAAAGCUAUUGGCAUGGAAGACCAAAUAGUGUCUAAGGGCAUUCCCAUGAAUGGGCGAAUGAUCCACUCCCUGUCAGGCAGCAAGUCUUCUAUUCCUUAUGGAACAAAAGGCCAGUAUAUCUUGUCAGUGGAUAGAGCAAAUUUAAACCAAGCAUUAUUAUUUGCUGCUAAUCAAUACCCAAACGUCAAGUUAAACUUUGAAAAGAAAUUGCAACACUACAGUGCUGAUAAGGGGAUUCUGACAUUUAUCAGGCCGGAUGGCUCGACUUGUGAAGUUUCUCCUGACCUUGUUGUUGGAUGUGAUGGAGCCUUUUCAACUACAAGAAAACAGUUUAUGCGACAAGUCAGGUUUGAUUACAGCCAUGUGUACAUCCCUCAUGGUUAUAUGGAGCUUACAAUACCCCCUAAAAAUGGUGAUUUUGCAAUGAAGCCUAAUUUUCUUCACAUAUGGCCUAGAAACACCUUCAUGAUGAUUGCUUUGCCCAAUUUGGACAAGUCAUUUACCUGUACUCUCUUCAUGCCUUUUGAAGAAUUUGAGAAGCUCACCACAGGAGAUGAAGUGCUUCAAUUUUUCAAGAAAUACUUUCCAGAUUCCAUAUCUCUAAUAGGAGUUGAGGCGUUGAUGCAGGAUUAUUUCCGUUUGCCAGCCCAGGCUAUGAUUUCAGUGAAGUGUUCCUCCUACCAUAUCGGGUCCAAGUGUGUGUUAAUGGGAGAUGCAGCACACGCUGUUGUUCCUUUUUAUGGCCAAGGCAUGAAUGCAGGCUUUGAAGAUUGUAUUGUCUUUGAUGAAUUAAUGGACAAGUUUCACAAUGAUAUCGGUAAGUGUCUUCCAGAGUUUUCAAUGUCGCGUGUACCAGAUUGCCAUGCUAUUGCUGAUCUGGCCAUGUACAACUAUGUGGAGAUGCGUAAGCAUGUGAACUCAAAAUGGUUUAUUUUCCGCAAAUAUGUGGAUAAUUUCCUCCAUUACUGUAUGCCAAGGACUGUUGUGCCUUUAUAUACCAUGGUGACUUUUACCAGGAUACAAUACCAUGAAGUGGUACAAAGGUCAAAACGGCAAAACAAGGUGCACAGGGAGAGCUCUGUGCUCAGUAGCCUAAAGGAAAAAGAUGACACAGUAACAUUACCUCAGUCUGACAUCCUGAGGAUCUGCAAAUCCUUUGAUGCCAGUCUGUAUGACACGAAGCCCACAGACAGCACAGCCUCCCAGUUAUUCUUCUUGUCUAUCAUGGAGGUCUUAGUUGACAGCAGGCGGGAGAGGCUAGAAAAGGCGUUAUCUUUGGAUGAGCUGACCAAGGUCCUUAAGAAAAGAGUUGAAGUAUGUGACUACAUGGAGUUGGCCAAAAUGCACUCUAGUCCUAUUGUUACUGAAGAAGGCUCUGAUGACAGAAAUAACAAAAAUCAUCAGAAGAUACCAAAUUGUGGGAAAGAUAAUGAGUUAUAUGAUCCUUUGGAACUCAUUGAUGAACUUUUAACUGAAGUUGUUCAGACAAUUAUCAAUACCAUGCUGUUUGUGAUGGGAGCAAUUGCAACAAUCACUGGAGUGGUCUUUCUUUUCAAGUAUUUUCCUCAGGAACUUAAUAUGAAGCAGCUGAAGAAUUGGAGUUUUAUCUUUAAGUAA